GUAUCAUCAACCAUAGUUCGGGACAUGAUCCACGAUGGCAGGACGAUGGUCCGUUAUUGUUACUCUUUGUCUGAUGCUAUUGAUGCCUGACAUCAAGUGUGAACCGCAGAGUGGUUACAGUGAGGACGUCGUGAAUACUUUAGCCAGUUGGAACGAUGUGUAUGAAUCAGGGUUUACACUCGUAGAGAAAGAAUUGGAAAGCGCUUUUAAGAUCAUGGAAAGUGAAAUCAAAGCGAGACUUAGGAGAGAGAUCGCUGAUGAUAAGGUGGAAGAAGAAAAAAGAGACAAUGUAACGGAGGAAAUGCAGCAGCUUGUGGAAAGCAUGCAAAACCUAAGAUCGGACGUCAAUGCGCUGUCGUCAAAACAUGCCGAUUUCGAGACAAUGUGCUUUUCUGAAUUAGAAAACAAAGAGUUUGCACAGCACCAGCAGUUGGGCGGUUUAUUCGACUCUCUACAAUCAUUUUCAAACGAGAUGGUACGACUCGAUGAAAUGGUGUUUGUUAUUUCCGGCACAAUCGGCGGUAAAAGCAACAGUACAACCUUACCAAGUGCCACAAUUCCAACAGAAGGAGCAAUUAGGUUGGUGAAUGGUUCUACAAAGUAUGAAGGUAGAUUGGAAAUAUACCACGCUGGUGAGUGGGGCACUGUGUGUGAUGAUGGUUGGCAGCAGAACAGCGAGAACAACGGAAACUUGGUGUGUAAACAAUUAGGAUAUAGCAAAUUCGGACAUUUGUUAAGUAAAGCUCCAUAUGGUAAAGGGAAAGGUCCGAUAUGGAUGGAUGGCGUCAAAUGUGACCAGAAUUCUACUGUAUUACAAGAUUGUAUAUUUGAUGGCUGGGGCGAACAUGAUUGUGCCCAUGAAGAGGAUGUGGGUGUGGUUUGUAAGCACUACGGACCAUCUACAAUUCCAUCAACAGAAAUCACUCAAGUUCCGCAAAAACCAUCUUCCAUUCCACCAACAAAUAUCACCAAAGUUCCUCACAGAUCGUCUUCCGCGUUUUCCCCAACAAGUGUCACCACAAUGAUCCACAACCCCGAAUCGACUAUUCCAACAACAAGUACCAGUUCCUCGGCAGUGGAAGGAGACAUUCGUCUGGUGGGGGGAUCGUCCGACGCAGAGGGGCGGUUAGAGAUUUACCACGCUGGACUGUGGGGAGCAGUCUGUGAUGACGAUUGGUUUCACGAAACUAACACUGUAGUCGUCUGUCACGAGUUAGGUUACAGAGGCGGAACGCAUCCCCCUCAAUACUUUGGUGAUAGUAACGUUUCUUACUGGAUUGACGAUGUUAUUUGUCGAGGGACAGAAGAGCGUCUUGCCGACUGUAGAUACAGCGAAAGAACCGAUGAAUCGUGCUAUGAUCGUGCUAAUGGGCAGGUUGGUGUCGUUUGUGAUACGGGGACGGAACAAUUUGGCAAUGAAGGGGACAUCCGUUUAUUGGGAGGGACAACCGACCACGAGGGCCGUUUAGAACUUUAUCAUGACGGUCAAUGGAAUGUGGUUUGUGAUGGUGAUUUUGAUUACCCGACAAGCUCUGUGGUCGUAUGUCGUCAACUUGGAUACGAAGGCAUAGUAUGGCCUAUGAAGCAUUACUUUGGCGCAAGUUACGACACCAGGUGGAUACAGAAUGUUGUGUGUAAUGGAACAGAGGAGCGUCUUGAGGACUGUACAUAUAGUGUAAGGUAUUCCGGACCUUGUGAGUCCACUAAUGACUGGCAGGUAUCUAUAAAGUGUGACAGGACUAAACCAUUAAAUACGACUACAACCGAAUCCUCCAGUCAGUCAAAAACCACAACGCCGAACCCGACAGACUUCCCACUGCCGAAAAGCUUGCGAUUGUUACGUCUACCUAUGGACACAGUUAGACUGACCUGGGACGAUGUUGGUCAUCGCAAAGACUUGUUAAGCAUUAAUGUGUACUACACUACUAUAGCUGGCACGCCAAUGGACCAAUGGAAUCACAUACAAGUAUCUGCGGAGACCAGGGUAGUAACAAUCACUGGACUACUUCCAACAUAUUCCUACGCGUUCCGUGUUCAGAUGAAAUACAAGCAGGGCCUAAGCGAACUGUCAGGAUUACUGGAAUCUUCGUAUAUAAGAAAUAUUCGUCUGGUUGGCGGUACAACACCAAACGAGGGACGAGUAGAAAUGUACCACAACCAUGAGUGGGGUCAUGUUUGUGACGAUCACUGGGAUGUGAAGGACGCCGUGGUCGUCUGCAGAGAAAUAGGAUUCAGUGGAGGGGAACCCGUUCUCGGAUCUCAUUAUGGUAAAGGCAAUAGCCCUAUAGUGCUGGCUGAUGUGUCUUGUUCCGGCCAGGAAGAAAAUAUGGCAGAGUGUCCGUUCGCAGUCCUGGCCAUAAAUACAUGUGGACAAAGCGAGACUGCAAGUGUCAGAUGUGAUCCGUUUACACCAGAUACAGAUACAGGCGAAACAGGAAAAGAGAUGAUUUGCGACCUCAAUGAAGUUGAAAAGUGUUCCGAUUAUAUCGCACACCUAGGACCUGAAUUAAACGGAACUGGCAGCAUUAGUGCCAAACUGUGCGAGCAAACUUACCCUACCUUCGUCUCAUGUCUCCAUGACCUUCCUCGAAGCUGCAAAAGCGCCGAAGCCUUCAGCUCAAUGAAUCUGAUGUACCAGCAGUUUCGUCUAAAGUGUUUACAAGUUUAAGAAAGGAAUCUUGACCGAAUCGUUAAAUUGUAGAAA